AGUUGAAUAUCACUGAUCACUACCUAAUCAUCAAUUUUAAUCAUAUAUUUUACAAUGUAAUAUAUUAAUAAUAUGUUUCGUAAAUCUCGUUUUUUCAACUGCUCCAUUCUGUUAAUUACGUUUUACAUAGUUCUGCAUUGUUCUAUAGUUGUUGGUAAAAACAAGACAGCCGGCAGGUUGUAGUUCUUAAAUUAUGGCUCCGAGAACUAGUAGUUGGCCCGUAUGGAGCGGUAUAUCGAGCACGGACAAAAAUAUAAAAUCGGCCGACGAUUGGAUUGAGGCACGCCGAAAGGAAGACGGUGCAGACGAGUUGUGGAGAAUUCACGAUGGAUUGUAUAAUCUUGAACAAUGGAUACACAAGCACCCAGGAGGACCACAGUGGUUGGAAAUUACAAAAGGCACUGAUAUCACUGAAUUAUUCGAGUCGUACCACGUGAACGGCAAAGCUGCGACGGCGGUGAUGCACAAAUUCUACGUGCGGCAGGCAGAGUCGCCCAGGAAAUCGCCUUUCACGUUCAAGCCGGACGGAUUUUACAACGUGUUGAAGUCCAGGGUCUCAAAAAAGUUGUCUUACGUGGACGGCGACAAUUAUCGCAUAAAGUCCAUGCUGGUCGUCGACACGUAUUACCUGCUCGCGCUGGCCCUGUGCGUCGGAGUGGCUCAGACGGAAAACUUUUUCCUGGCGCUGUUGGCCGGCACCGUUUUGGCGCUCGGCACCGUCGCUAGUCACAAUUUCACGCACCUCAAGGACAACUGGAGGAUGUAUUACGUGCAAUUGGUAUUAUUAUCCGUGCGCGAAUGGAGAAUAUCGCACGUACUCAGCCAUCAUAUAUACACAAACACUGUACAAGACUUAGAGAUGUCACUGUUGUAUCCAUUCAUCCAUUGGUUUCCGACUGCAGACAAACCGUUUACCGUUCGAUUAUUCCCAUAUCUCACACCCGUCAUAUACCCUUUUAUUAUUCCUGGCCAAUUGGUCAUUAGAACUUUCAAGUGUAAUAACGACAAAGCCGAUCUACUCAUGUUUGUUAUACCUGCAAUAUUGAUGUUAUGUGGACAAAUGACCAUAAGUUCUGUAAUGAUUGCGUGGCUUGUCGUAGUUCUGACAAGCAGUUUUAUGUUUACGUUCAUUGGGUUCAGUGCUUCUCAUCAUUUUCCGGACAACUUUCACGACGGAGACUACGUCAAUGAUGAAUACAUUGAUUGGGGAAUACAUCAAAUGAUAACCAGUGCAGAACGAAACGAGCCGAUCAAUAAUAUAUUUAUAACGAUUGCGACAUUUGGUGACCAUACAUUACACCAUUUGUUCCCAGCUUUAGAUCACAGUUUAAUACCACUGUUGAAAGACACAUUCGAAGAUACGUGUAAAGAAUUUGGUUUGGACCUAACACCGAAAUCAUGUGCAACGAUCAUGCACGGACAGUUUAAACAAUUAUCUCGCGUUACUCCUAAUAAUCCGAAGAAGAAUAAUAUUAUCGGAGCUGACAUAAAACUAGACAAUAACAUCUAAAUAUUAUUCAAGAAAAUUUGAACGAAUAUACAAUAUACAUAACGUAUGACGUGUAAGGAGGAAAAUAACAUAAAUAAGAUCCGGGACACAGAGAUACUGCCAUUGGGCGGUAAUAUAAUUGUUAUAAUAGCCUAUUUAUGGCUAACAGUGUUCUCGGCUGAAUAGUUAUUUUACUAUUUAAAAUCAUUAUUUAUUAUACAUUUUUAUCAUGUGAUAUUAUAAUAGGAUAUUAUUACGAUCUUGUCUAUUAAGAUGGUAACUAAUUGCUAACCAGGCAAUAUAUUUUUGUAUUUUGCUUUUUUUUUUUUAGUGUUUUAUAUACCAACUAUUUAGUAUAAAUUUACUAUAAUAUACUUUGUGAUAAUUUGCUUCCAAUUUUUAAAAAAGUAUUGGUUUUUCAAUGCUAUAUCCAUGUUACUUAUUAGAAAAUAUAAACUACUGUUUGAGUGAGAGUGUUUGGAUAUGCUAUAAGUAUGUACUUACCUAGAUACACUAUUACUAUUAGCAUUACACUUUUUACUGUUACUUAAACAUUUUUUUAUAAGCAUGUUAAGUUUGUCUUGGAAACAUUAUGCAUAUUGCAUAUAUUGUGGCUUUAUAUUUCAGUCGUAGGUAAACUACUUAUGUAAAAAAAUAAUUAUUAAUUUGUUCAAACGAAUACAUUUAAUAACAAUCUACUUAUCAUAAUAUAUUAUUAUUGUAUAAAUGUUUAUUUGUAAUAAAUAUAAUUGUGUACGAUGCCAAUAAUCAUAACGAUUGUCAAUGGUCAUACGAAAAUAUAAAAUAUGACACAUAUUUGAAUUGAUCAAAAAUCAAACAUGGAAUGUUCAUUAGC